AUGGGCCUUCACGGCAUGAACGUUUCAGUCCUCGCGGGCUGGUGCACCUUUUCCAACCUUGGGCCCCUUGCAACAACUUACACUCCCUCGCCACAAUGCACCGCCUCUGAUCAAAUGUACAUUGGAAACGUCAACCCCACCGCCGGCAACGUCCUCCUCAACUGGGCCCAUCCACGACUGCCCCGCCGGAGUUUUACGGGGACAUCAAAUGAGGAGUACGAGGACUGGGAGAGCAGCCAGAUCUCCUGGGAAGGGUAUGGCGAGUACUACUCCCCCGGAGUGGAGUGUCCCUCUGGGUGGGCGACGGUUGGCAUGAUCGGGCGGAAUGGUGCGGGCGACAAAGUGACCUCGUCGGGCAUUUUGUCGCCGGCGACGACGACCACGGUUACCAGGUACACGACGGGGAUUGACAUGUACUACUACGACUACGAGGACAAGGCGUCGGUGAUGAAGAGCUUCCUUGAGCCGGAGCAGACUAUGGCCAUUUGUUGUCCGAGCGGCAUGACCGCCGACAAUCGCGACGCCUGCUACUCUGUUGUCAAGGACUACAAGCCGACAUACGGCUGCCUAGUCCACACGGGCGAAAACUACGACUACGGUGAGGUGACCACAACGUACCUGGACCCCAUCGACAACACCAUGGCCACUGUCACCUACGACACCCCGACAGCGACCCGCACCACCGUCGAGACCAACACCUACCACCUCGACCGCGACGAGCAAGCGCUUUAUUCCGGGCUGAUGUAUGCGCCUGCCAUUACCCUGCUAUACCACGAGUCGGACUUGCAGAGCGCAGCGACGACUGCGGCUGCAUCGGCGGCAAACAGCGAUGAUGAUGGUAACGAUACUACCGAGUCGGAGGCGACGCCGUCGAAUGCGGCAGGGAGACUUGGUCUAAGCGUGUCGGUCUGGGAUGGGAUUGGGCCAGUGAUUGGGAUUUGGAUUAUUGCGGCGGCUCUGGGGGCAGCGAUUGUUUUGCCUUUAUAG